AUGGAAACUUGGUCAGUUGAUCAGGUCUGCAGUUGGUUGGUGGAGAAAAACUUAGGAGAAUUGAUUCAUAGAUUUCAAGAAGAAGAAGUAAGUGGGGCCGCUCUUCUAGCAUUAAAUGAUCGGAUGGUUCAGCAACUAGUAAAGAAAAUUGGGCACCAGGCUGUACUGAUGGAUUUAAUUAAAAAAUAUAAGCAGAAGAGUCAGGGACUGUCAUCCCCCGGAAGUCCCGGAGAAGCAACUCUGGUCACACAAACAGAAGCAGCCCCUGAGGAUGAGCAGUCCUCCAGUCCAUCAAGCCAUGGGGAGCAGAUACUAUCUCUUUACCCAGCUGAAAACCUUGAUAAUGGACUAAUUGACCAAAGAGUACUGAAACAGAGAAGAAAUGUGAAACAUACUGUAGCAAGGAAUAAGGCAUUGCAGUGGGCUAAGUCUUAUGCUUUACCAGAGUUUCCCUAUGAUGUCAAAUGCAUGUUAGCAGAACGAAAGUGCCCUGAUCACAGCAUGAGGAUAAGAAUCAUCGAGUUUCUCCAGGCUGACAUGACCAAGUAUCUGGAAGGCUCUCUGUAUCCCACCACCCAGCAGUACAACGACGUGGUCAACGCGCUGCUGCAGGCCCACCCUUUCCUGGACGAGGAUGGCUGUGGCUUUUUUUUGUGGAAACGAGCCCUCAAAGAUCGCUUUAAAUACGUCCGAAGACCCAUAGAAGAUGAUGAACAAGUGAUGAGAAAUAAGUGUAAAUUUGGACACCGAAGAGGCCAAACAAGGAAAUCUCCUGCUGAUGCAAGAUUUGAUGAAAUUAAAAUUGCCCACAUAAAAGAAGAAACUAUUUGUUUAGAUUCUGAGGUAGAAGACCAUAUUAACUGGCUCCAGCAAGAGUACACAAAACCAGAAAAGGACUGGAAAGAAAUUGAUAAGAGGAUGAGCCAGACUUUGGAAAUCAGAAGGAAGUUGAUCAACAGCAGAACUCCCGUGAAAGACAUUCUCAGAAUGUUUCCUUUCUUGAAGUGCCCUUAUCAGAUGUUCAGAGAAUUCCAACUUCUUACAAGAACAGAUAUUUAUAAUAAAACAAGGCACAUCUUGGAAUCCUAUUCAGAAAAUAUACUGACUUCUUUUUCAGUAGUGAACAAUCCCAUCAAUAUUGCAUUGCAAGAAAAGAUGAAACAGCACACAGACCAAGACAUGUUGAAACAUAUGAAGAUGACAGCCACAUGUCUACUCCUACCAGAGGUUUUUGGGGAUGAUUCCAACCUUUUUGUCAUUGCCAAUGAGGAGGUACAAGUGUCCACACCUGUGUUAGAAGUUAAGCACCCUUUCAACAUUGAUGUCUGUGAAUUUUCUUUGUAUUUAGAAAAAGAGAAACUCACAAAGGUGGACGACUGUGUUACGGCCCUGGCUGCUCUCAUAGCUGCCUUUCAUGUAUUUGGGAUCGAGUGUCCAAGACGACUGUCCCAAACCUUCAAUUUCCUAGAGACACUGAUUUUUGAUACGCACAGUCCCCAUUUUCCUUCUAUGAAAGAAAAGGAAAUCACUCAAUAG